AUGUGCUGGUCUACGAUUUUAUUCUUAACCCGUUUCCUGGAGUCGGCCAGCUUUUGUGUCGUUGCCGAUGGGAAGAAUAUACUCAUCGAGUUUUCGAAAUACUAUGGAAAUGAUGGGCGAACGGCUCUCAGUGGAAAGCUAGCGGUUCGCAGCCGCUCUUCGAAAAAGAGCCGUUCUACCCACUUUGGCAAUGGUGAUGCCUACAGAGGUUAUAAGGUUGACGUCGAGGAAGACCGUCUUACGUCCGAGCUUCCACUGAGACCAGUUGACAUCACCACUUGGCCAAUACCAGAAUCUAUUAAGCUUGCAGAUCCACAAUUUCACCACCCUGGAAAAAUUAGCAUUCUGCUGGGAAAUAAAUUGUUUUUCAGUUUGAUCGAGCCUGGCACCAUUAAGCUGAGUGCCAACGACAGUCUCCCAGUUCUGCAAAAUACUAAACUCGGUUGGGUGGUAUCUGGCGGUUACAAGGAAGCCGAGUCAUCGCUCAAUUCUUCGGUAUCACCGUGCCUUGUCAUUGCCACCAAUGACGUAUUGUCUCAGCAAAUUUCUCGAUUCUGGGAGCUUGAGGAAUAUAUCAACCCUAAACCACAUAUGAGUGAUCAGGAACUGUUGUGCGAGGAUCAUUUUUUGAAAUACACAACUCGUGACAGCCUUGGACGGUUCAUCGUUCGCCUACCGUUUCUGAAAAAUCCUGCCACCUUGGGCAACUCGCGAGAAAUUGCAAUUAGACGGCUUCUGCAUCUCGAACAAAAGCUAGAUAAAAAUAUACUACUAAAACAGCAGUAUCAUGAAUUUAUGCGGGAAUACAUUCAGUUGGGACACAUGUUGGUAGCUACGAAUGCAUCCUCUAAGCUAGCAAUUUUUCUUCCUCAUCACUGCGUCGUGAAGGAAGCCAGCACGACUACCAAAUGCAGAGUGGUCUUCGAUGCGUCUGCAAAAACAUCCAGUGGCGAGUCACUCAACGACGUUCUCAUGGUUGGACCAGUGCUUCAGGAUUCCCUAAUCGACAUUCUUUUACGGUUUCGAUACCCCACGGUGGUACUUACAGCGGAUAUACAAAAAAUGUACCGUAUGGUGCAGUUGCAUGAGGAUGAUCGAAACUUUCAGAGAAUUUUAUGGCGAUGGACAAAAGAAGAGUCAAUAUGUGAAUACCGACUCAGCACAGUAACCUACGGGACAAAGAGUGCCUCAUACUUAGCCACCAAAUGUACGGUUGAAAAGGCAGUCAGGGGAAUAUAUGUCGACGACGUUAUUACCGGAGCAGAUACUCUCGAUGAAGCUAUAAUCCUGCGUUCACAACUGUCUUCACUUUUCGGCAGUGGAGGCUUUCACUUAAGAAAAUGGGCUUCAAACUGUGCAUCUGCCCUCACAGGUGUGCCGAAGGCAGAUAUCGAAUUGAAGGUGCCAAUCGAGCUCGACGAAUCCGACACAAUUAAAACUCUUGGAAUACACUGGCAGCCGUGCAGCGAUGAGCUCCGUUUUAGCUAUCACCCAACACAGAUCCUUCAGCCCACGAAACGUUCAAUACUGUCGCAAAUUGCAAGUCUCUUCGACCCACUAGGACUUCUGACACCGAUUGUUAUAAAGGCGAAGUUUAUUAUGCAGCGACUAUGGGAACUGAAGGUGGCCUGGGAUGCCUCUCCACCCGGUGAGUUAGUAAAUGCCUGGUAUGAUUUGCUCCAAAGUUUGUCGUCCCUUAAUUCAUUUCAGAUUCCUCGGAGAGUGGUUAGCACUCGGAGUACAUCUCAUCUGGUUCUGCACGGCUACAGUGACGCUUCCGAACGAGCUAUGGGAGCUUGUGUUCAUGUUCGAACGAUUAACGGAUUUGAUACUAUCGCCUCGCAUCUGCUCUGCGCCAAGUCAAAGUUGGCUCCAAUAGGAAACAAGAGAACAACACUUCUUCGGCUAGAGCUAGUAGCCAUGCGUAUUCUAGCUCGUUUAAUAAAAAAUGUCACAGCAGCCGUCGAGCAACCGUUCUAUGAAAUACGUGCUUGGACUGACUCUCAAGUUGCAUUAGCUUGGAUCAAUGGAGGCGCAUCGCGUUGGAAAACCUUCGUUGCCAAUCGCGUGGCGGAAAUAGUUACCCAUCUUCCAGCAAUAAAUUGGGGUCAUAUAGACACGCACCUGAAUCCCGCUGACUUAAUUUCGCGCGGUGUAGUGCCAGAGAAACUGAAAGAUUGUUCUCUAUGGUGA